AUGAACGAAGCCAAGGGGGCUCAGGGCUGUCUAGGGGUGCAGGGUCACUCCCUGUCCCUGUCCGAGUCCUGCGAGGAUGGCGCCCAGAAGUGGAAGUGGGUGACCCGGGGCCGGCUCUUCAACCUAGGCUCCUCUCUGUGCCUGGGCAUGACAACAGGCAACUACAGCUCCAGGGAGGACGUCUCACCGAUGGGYGUCUACCCCUGUGACAGAGAGCCUCCCGGGAUCCGCUGGACCUGGUACUGUGCCCAGGUGUUGGACAACCUCAACAUGUACCUGCCGUCACCCUCGCACCCUGUUAACCCCUCCGCUAACUCCUCAGUGGUGGCCUCGGAUGUCAAGCCCCCACAGGAGGAGCUCAAGUGGAGGCUCUUUGGGGACGAUCAGGAUCUUUGUUCUAGGACCUAUCGUGAGAUCUAUACUAUCCAGGGGAACUCUCACGGUCAGCCCUGCUACCUGCCCUUCAUGUACGAUGGCCAGUGGUUCCACAACUGCACCAGUAUUGGCAGAGAGGACGGUCACCUGUGGUGUGCCACCACCUUCGACUAUGGCAAGGACGAACGCUGGGGCUUCUGUCCUGUUAAGAGCAAUGACUGUGAGACGUUCUGGGACACAGACCCCCUGACAGACAGCUGCUACCAGUUCAACUUCCAGGCCACCUUGUCAUGGAGCGAGGCUCGCAUCAGCUGCCAACAGCAGGGGGCAGACCUGCUCAGUAUCACCAAGCUGCAUGAGCAGACCUACAUCAACGGUUUGCUGACUGGUUACAGUGCUGCUCUGUGGAUCGGUCUGAAUGACCUGGACAUCACCGGAGGCUGGCAGUGGGGUGACUCCUCCCCGCUCAAAUACCUCAACUGGGAGAACGACCAGCCGAGCCAUGUGGAGGAGGUGAACUGUGCGGUGAUCAGGACAGAGUCGUCUGGCCGCUGGCAGAACAGAGACUGCUCUGUAGCCCUUCCCUACGUCUGUAAGAAGAGGCCCAAUGCCACCCUGGACCCCUUCACCACCGACUCGUGGGCGGAUGAUGAGAAGUACGAGUGUGAYGUGGGCUGGCAGGCGUUCCAGGCAGGCUGCUACAGACUGACGUCAGAGAAGGUGGACUGGGACGCUGCUCAGAAAACCUGUCAGAAAAUGGAGGCCAACCUGGUCAGCCUCCACACCCUGCCUGAACUAGAGUUCAUCAUCAACAACAUCAAGCGAGGUACACAGAUAAUACAGCACGUCAUGGAAAGGUACCUCAACCUGAAGACAGAUGUGGAGGAGCUGUGGAUUGGUCUCCAUGACACGGCUAUGCAGAUGGACUUCCAGUGGACAGACCACACGCCCGUCAUCUUCACUUACUGGCACCCCUUUGAGCCCAACAACUUCCAAAACACCCCCGAGGACUGUGUCACCAUCUGGGGACCCGAAGGCCGCUGGAAUGACAGUCCCUGUAACCAGACCUUGCCAUCCAUCUGUAAGAAAGCAGCCCAGAAGACUGACGGACAGGCACAGAACCACGGGUGCAAACCAGGCUGGAGAUGGCACAGUCCGGCCUGCUACUGGGUCGGAGAGGAGCAGGUGGCCUUCGAGGAGGGCAGGAAGGCCUGCGCUGGCAGCGGAGCUACCCUCAUCACCAUCACCAAUAGGUUUGAGCAGGCAUUUGUCAACAGUCUGGUGUUUGGCCGUUCUGGGGAUUCAUUCUGGAUAGCACUGCUUGACCAGAACAGCCCCGGAAAAUUCCACUGGCUCAGUGGGGAUGAAGUGGCCUAUACCAACUGGAACAGAGACCAGCCAGGAGGAAACAUCAAAGGGGGCUGUGUAACCAUGGAGACGGGCUCUGCCACAGGCCUAUGGGAGGUGAAGGACUGUGCGUCGGCCCGGGCUAAGUUCAUCUGUAGACUGAACCAGGACACGUCCCUCAGCCCUGAGCCCCCAGCCCCGCACCCCACCCCCAGCCUCACUGGAUCCUGCCCCAGCGGGUGGAAGACAAACGGCAAGCUGCACCACUGCUACAAGUAUCCCUACCCUUUACCGAUCGCGGUGUUUGACUCGGCCCAGAUGGAGCAGAAGCUGAGCUGGCUUCAGGCCCACCUAGCCUGUCAGAGACACCAUGGAGCCAACCUGCUGAGUGUCAGUGGCCCAGAGGAGGAGCACUUCAUACUGCAGAUACUACACGAAGCCUUUGGGGAGUCAGAGGACCAUGAGCAGCACUGGUUCUGGAUCGGGCUGAACCGCAGGAACCCCAUGGACAACGGAAAAAUUGAUAAGGAUCCAAACCCCACUGAAGCCCCCACUGCCAGUGAGUGGGUGGGCUUCCAGGAGGCAGAGUAUAAGUUCUUUGACCACCGGUCUACGUGGGACCAAGCCCAGAGGAUCUGCUCCUGGUUCGAUGCUUCUCUGGCUUCCAUCCACUCUUCUGCGGAGGAGGUUUUCCUUGCCAACACACUGCACAAGAUGACCAAAGUAGAGGGGGACCACUGGUGGGUGGGGCUUCAUACGUAUGAGAACGAUGGCCGUUUCCACUGGUCAGACCACUCUGUGCUCAACUAUGUGUCCUGGGCUUUCGGCAGGCCACACCCACUCAGCCGCGACCGCAAGUGUGUCCACAUGUCAGUCAGCAAAGCGGAGUGGGCAGAUCAGAAAUGCCACUCAGACCUGCCCUACGUCUGUAAGAGAGUGAAUGUCACAGGCACCAUCCCACCCACACCCUCCACCCCGCUGCCCCCUGCGGGCUGCCCCAAUGGCUGGGCMCCCUUCCUGCACAAGUGUUAUAAGGUGUUUGGUCAUGAGGAGAGCCAGAGGGCCAAAUGGUCAGGAGCCAGGCUCAUGUGUGAGUUUCAAGGAGGAGCCUUGGCUGUGGUGCCCAAUCACUGUUAUAAGGUGUUUGGUCAUGAGGAGAGCCAGAGGGCCAAAUGGUCAGGAGCCAGGCUCAUGUGUGAGUUUCAAGGAGGAGCCUUGGCUGUGGUGCCCAAUCACGUGGAGCAAGCCUUUGUCACCACUCUGCUGUCCAAUGUGAGUUUUGACCUGUGGGUGGGGUUGACGUCUAACUCUAAAGGCCACUUCCAGUGGGCUCGUCCUGGACUCCUCAGCUACACCAACUGGGCCUCUGGAGAACCCCUGGACAACAGUGGACCACUCCACAACAAGACUCCGGGGAACUGUGUGGUGAUGAUCCAUGGGAACCCAACAAAAAAUACGGGCAUGUGGGCAUCCCGGGMCUGUGAGAUGGAGAACCAUGGCUACAUCUGCCAGAAGAAACAAGACCCAGCUCUGCCCCCUGGCGCUGCCCUCCUGCCCCCCUCCCUGUCCGGAGCCCUGRACCUGGGUGGGGUGUCGUACCGCAUAGUGAAGAAGCGCCUGGACUGGAUGGGGGCGCUGCAUGUGUGCGAGUCUCUGAACGGGACGUUGGCUUCAGUGAGAGACCCCUACCAACAGGCUUACCUCACCCUGCUGAUGAACAGCCUACACCUCCCAGCAUGGAUCGGCCUUUACAACUAUGGGGGACGGAGCUUCAGCUGGUUGGGCGAGGAGGACCUGAUUUACACUGCCUGGCGGGAUGGGGAGCCUAAUACACUGUCUGGAUGUGGUCACAUGACCACGGUAGGGGAGUGGACUAUGACCCCCUGUGACGCUAAACUGGAUGCUGCCAUCUGUCAGAUUAAUACAGAGGAGGCUGUGGUGCACAAGUGGAGUUUCCCAGGACAGUGCCCUCACUCUCUGGGCGACUGGGCCUGGUUGCCUUUCAGGAACCACUGCUACUCCUUCAACCUGCAGAACCUCCGGCUGCAGACCGACGCCCACUCCUCCUGCAGGAAGGUGGGUGGCCAGCUGCUGUCGGUCCUGGAUGAAACAGAGAAUGGCUUUGUGUGGGAGCACAUCCAGGGCUACCAGGAGCAGGCCCACGGAGCCUGGCUGGGUAUGACCUUUAACUCCAAAGGGGGCAGUCUGAUGUGGUCUGAGAGUGCAGAGGUGAAGUUCACUAACUGGGAGGUGCAGGGCACCAACCUGAGCAUGCUGUUUCCCAACACCUGCUUCUGGAUCCAGAGCAACACAGGCCUUUGGAAACCAGGCACCUGCAAGAACCGCACACACGGAGUCAUCUGCAAACGGCCACGCAGUGCUGAGGCUUUGGCGGUAGUCUCUGAAGAGGACCACCUGCCCACUCUGAUUGUGAUCAUGGUGACGGGUCUGGUGUUGGUGAUCCUCAUUGCGGGCGUGAUCUACCUGUACCGCCGGCACCAGGCAGGCUCCCGGGGAUCUUACGAGGGGGCGCGCUACAGCCGCACCAAGUCCAACCCCUCCGAACAGGCCGAGAAGAACAUCCUGGUGUCUGACAUGGAGCUCAACGAGCAGCCGGAGUAG